CUAUGUUCAUUCCCAUGGGAGAGGAAGAGUGGAACUUUUACUUUCUUCCUCUCUUCUUUUCUUACUAUAUUUUGGCAUUGAGCGGUCGGUAGCUCUGAAAAUCAGGUAAAAUAAUUCCAAGAAUAUACUACUUACUAGUCUACGACUAAACACAAAGGAGAGAGGAAUACAGGGGGGGUAGUUAAUUGGGUGGGUUAUCCACCUGUUCACGCUUCCUCUCUCUAAAAAGAUGAUCAGAUAUUUCUUCUGGUUGUUGUCGAUUCCAACUUUUGAAUCAUUUACUUUAUCUGUUAUUAUGAUCCACCAUUAGAUACAGAAUUGCUGUAAAUAAAGAAGGAAAAAAGAUGGGGGGAUGCGUGUCAAGGCCGAAUAGUUGUAAAUUGGGAGGUUCAAAGAAGAAGAAGAAGUUUAGGAGGAGAAGAAGAAAAGGCACAAGGGUAUCUUCUAAUUUGUAUGAAGGCUCGUCGCUUGUCAAAAUUGAUGAGUCUUUCCCUUUGGAUAACUUCUCCUUCAACAAUCCUACUUUUCAGGGAAAUAUUGACGAGGCAUGGUUUGAUUCUGCUGCAAUAUUUGAAUCUGACUGCAGUGAUGAAGAUUACCAGAGCGUCCCUGACGAUAUGCUUUCUCUCAACAGCUUUGAGGGUGAGCAGACUAGUGUAGCUUCAAUGAAAGAUGCUAACCAUGGGGAUGCUAAUAUAAAUGUCCACGUCCAAUUAUCCUCCGAACUGAAGAGGCAGGGGGAAUUAUUAUGCAAUCUUGCUAGCAGUUCCGACAGUUGCUCUGGUAAAACUGUAAAGCAACCAAGCAGUUUGGUGCAUCCUAAAGAGGUGGAUUCUCGAACAAACUUUGAUGGACCUAACGGUGAGGUGCGGCCUGUUUCCCUUGAUGAGAUAUCGUCCUCAGAUAAUGAAGGUAGUGAAAGGGAGGAUGGUUUGUUGGAUAACUGUGGAAUUCUUCCAAACAACUGUCUGCCUCGUCUUACCUCUACUGUUGUGCCAGUUGAGAAGAGAUUUUUUAGCUCUAGUCCUCGAAGUUCAAGGAGGAAAGCUGCCUUAAAACUUCCCUUUAAAUGGAAAGAAGAAAAUCCUUAUGCCACUCUACUUGCAUCUAAAACCCUGCUUCAAAGGCCCAUAGCUGGUAGCCAAGUACCAAUUUGCCCAUUGGAGAAGAAGUUGCCUGAUAGUUGGUCCCGUAUUGAACCAAGUACCUUCAGGGUCCGAGGAGGUAACUAUUUCAGGGACAAAAAGAAAGAGUUUGCUGCAAAUUACGCAGCAUAUUAUCCUUUUGGUGUUGAUGUAUUUUUAUCUCAAAGAAAAAUUAAUCAUAUUGCUCGACUUGUGGAACUUCCUGUCAUUGAACACUUUGAGACACUUCCACCCAUUCUUGUUGUGAAUAUUCAGGUACCAUUAUAUCCUGCCGCGUUUUUUCAGAGUGAUAUUGAUGGUGAAGGAAUGAGUUUUGUCUUGUACUUUAAGCUUUCCGAAAGUUAUGCUAAGGAACUUCCUUCUCAUUUUCAAGAUAACAUCAGAAGGGUAAUGGAUGAUGAAGUGGAAAAAGUGAAGGCUUUUCCAACAGAUGGUACUGUUCCCUUUAGGGAACGGUUGAAGAUAUUAGGCCGUGUAGCAAAUGUGGAGGACCUCCGGUUAAGUGCAGCAGAGAGGAAGAUUAUGCAUGCCUACAAUGAAAAACCUGUUCUUUCACGUCCUCAACAUGAAUUCUAUAAGGGAGAAAAUUAUUUUGAGAUUGAUAUAGAUAUGCACAGAUUCAGUUACAUCUCUAGGAAGGGUUUUGAAACAUUCCUAGAUAGGCUAAAACUCUGUUGCUUGGAUGUAGGCCUCACAAUUCAGGGUAACAAAGCUGAAGAAUUGCCAGAACAGAUCUUAUGUUGUGUUCGGUUAAAUGAAAUCGACUAUGUGAAUUAUCAGCAACUGGGGUUGUAAAGAGAUCCCCUUGAAUUGGUGCACAAACAGUGUAAUCCACAGGAUAUGGCAAUUAAAUGAAGUUACUGCUACCUCAUUUGUGUACUUGCUGGUGCCUUCAUAUCUCCCCUUUCUCCCAAUUGACAUAAUUUUCAGCGUCUCCGUAAUGCAUUAUGAGGAUAUACAGGUAGCUGGUUUCAUAGAGGAAUGAGCCACAAGCCUGUUCGGCAAAACCCAAUAGCUUUGGCUCAGACCCUGUAUUUUUGUUAAAAAAUUCAUUUAAUAUGUAUAAAUAAUUUAUCCAUAUCCCAGUAAGUUACCUCUUUUGAAAUCCAGAACCAAUAAUAAACUCAAAAUCCUAGCUUC